GAUGCGCUGUGUCCCAGCUAUCACCGAUCACGGAAAGAGCCGAAGAUGUCGGCUCGGUCAUGUGAUCAGCUGUGUCCAAUCACAGCUGAUCACAUGGGAUAUGUACACUGAUCAUCAGGGCACUGAUGAUCAGUGUGCCCUGAUGAUCAGUGUAGCCCCAGCAGUGCCAGCUGUCAGUGUCCAUCAGUGCCACAUCAAUGCCACAUAUCAGUGCCCAUCUAAGCUGCCUUUCAGUGUCAUCCAUCAGUGCCAGUCAGUGCCACCUAUCAGUGCUGCCAAUCAGUGCCACCUAUUAGUGCCAGUCAGUGCCACCUAUCAGUGCCAUGUAUCAGUGCUGCCUUUCAGUGCCCAUCAGUGAUUCCU